UCAGAAGUGACAUCUUGCUUACUACAUUGCAUGUGAUCACUGAUUGGCCAAUCAGUGAUCACAUGAUCGGGACCUCGUACAGAGGUCCCGUCCGACGAUCGGUGUUUCACUGUGUCCGGAGGACACAGCGGGCACCGGAUCGCGGUGCUGCGCGCUCCCAGGGAGCACGCACAAGCAGGGCCAUUUUUUGUGAUACGGCGCUGAGUUACUUUAACUGACAAUUGCACCCAAAUGAAUUCCCACAAACAGAGAUUUCUUUAGGUGAUAUUUGAUUGCCUGUGCAUUUUUUUUUUUUUUUGCGCUAUAAACAACAACAAUUUUGAGAAAAAACA